UCCCCUUGGGGGCUCCGUAAAAGGUUCACUAGUGUGGCUUUAAAUUAUAAUAACAGUGAUGCAACAUGCAGUUUAUAACAACAUAAUUCAUAAUGUUUCUUGAAAUUUGAAUUUAAAAGGGCUGUACUGUAUAUUAAAGAGCUCAUGUUCUGCUCAUUUUCGGCUUCAUAAUUGUAUUUAGAGGUUGUACCAGAAUAGGGUUAUGUGGUUUAAUUUUCAAAAAACACCAUCUUUUUUGUGUUACUGCACAUUGCUGCAGCUCCUCUUUUCACCCCGGGUGUUGAGCUCUCUGAGUGAGGCAUCUCACUUCUGUUCCAUAUUUUGUCGGGAGUGUUACAAAGUGACAAACGUUUGUCACGGAAGUAAAGGCGGGACUACAACAGAGCUCUUCGGGGCAGUUGGUGAAAAAUGUUUCUGUUGGAGCUGAUAAAUCCCUUUGGGGGGGGACUUUGACCUUAUGCACAAAAAAGAUAUAUAACACAACAACGGAAAAGGGAAGAAGCCAAAAAGCACAAUAUGAGCACUUUAAUGUACAUCAUAAACUCAUAAGUCUCUCCUACUGUCCUGUGAGGUCACCUGACCAGACGCUGUGAUGUCUGAUAGCUGAUUGGAGUGGAAGCUCAUAUAAUUGAAUGAAGCGGCUGACAAAAUGAAUAUGAUGAGGACCUCUACAUCCAACAAGCUGUUGUAUUCAUCGAAGAUGCCAUACAGUAUCGGUCCAUCAACCACCGGGUGGACGCCCGCUCUCUCCGCCUGUAUCGAUGGUACUACUCCAGGAUAUGCCAGUGGGGCUUGGGCCUAACCAUUGCGGUGGUGUUGUUGCUGGCAUUCGUGGAGCGCCCGUCCUCCCUGUCCGUCUCCUCGGACCCCCGGUAUCGCUCUCCACCCUGGGAGCCUCCUUGCGGCUUCACCGAAAGCAUCGAGAUGGUCUGCCUCGUCAUCUUUUCUCUUGAUCUUGCUGUUAAGAGCUACUUGAUUGGCUGGGAGGAACUCAGAAAGAACAAAUGGCUGAUCGGCUACACAGUUGUCAUUUCAGUCUCCACCAUCGACUGGGUGCUUUCUGUCAGCAUGGUGUGUGAUGAGAAACUUCGAGUACGGCGACUCCUUCGGCCUUUCUUCCUCCUGCAGAACUCGUCCCUGAUGAAAAAGACACUCAAGUGCAUCAAGAGGACUCUGCCAGAAAUUGCCAGUGUCAUCCUGCUGCUGGCGCUCCACCUCUGCCUCUUCACUAUGAUCGGCAUGCUGCUGUUUGCUAAAAGUGAGGAUCCGGACAAGAACGAGGAGUGGAAGCUCCAUUUCAGAUCCCUGCCUAAUUCCCUCACGUCUCUGCUGGUGUUGCUCACCACUGCCAACAACCCAGAUGUGAUGAUCCCUGCCUACUCCCUACACAGAGCCUACUCCAUCUUCUUUGUCACCUUCAGUGUGAUUGGAACCUACUGCUUGAUGAACUUACUGACAGCUAUCAUCUAUAACCAGUUCAGAGGAUAUUUACUGAUGUCGGUCCAAACGUCCAUCAUCAGGAGACGACUGGGGAUCCGAGCUGCUUUCCAAGUCCUCAGCUGCCGGGGAACCCAGCGGGCUGUUGAGGAGCAUGUGCAGGUUGAUGUGGUGCUGAAGGUGAUGUCCAGGGUCCAGAUGAAGAGCUACUACAGAGCAGCCAUCACUACGGAGACGCAGCAGUAUGCAGAUGUGGGCUACAUGGAUCGAGGGCAGUUCACCAAGAUUUUCGAUGCUCUGGAUAAAGAGCACGUUAAAGAGCACCCUCCCUUGCCCCAGUACAACUCUCCACUUCUGCAGAGAUGCCAGGUGAUCUUCAGUCACUACUAUCUCACAAUACUUGGCAACGCAGUGGCACUGGCCAAUGUCAUUUGCGUAUGUACCGUCCUGGUGUUGAAUUCUGAAAAGUCCACAGCAGAGAGAGACAACUUCAACAUAGAGAUCAUCAACCUGUGCUUCAUCCUGUACUAUCUGUUUGAAAUGUGCGUGAAGAUCUUUGCGUUCGGCUGGAGAGGAUACCUGUCCUACAGGAACAACAUCUUCGAUGGCUUCCUCACCAUCCUGCUCCUGGUCCUACAGAUCACCAUAUAUGUCACCUACAGGCUUCCGUAUUCUCAAUGGGACCCAUCUUCUCAUGGCGUGAUGUCUCUGUGGGAGAUGCUUCGGUUGAUCAACAUGUUGAUUGUGUUCCGCUUCCUGCGCAUUAUCCCAGAUAUCAAGCUCAUGGCUUUGGUCGCCAGCACUCUGUUGGACCUGGUGAAAAACCUCCGAGCCUUCGCAGGGAUACUGAUGGUGGUGUACUAUGUGUUUGCUGUUUUUGGGAUCUGGCUGUUUGAAGGAGCCAUUAAACCUCCUCCAGAGAUGAGUGUGCCCUCCAAUUCCUCCAUGGGGAACAUCACCUCCAGCAUGGAGUGUGGCACCUAUGAGCAGCUGGGCUACUGGCCAAAUAACUUUGAUGACUUUGCGGCUUCCCUCAUUCUGCUGUAUGACGUCAUGGUAGUCAACAACUGGCAGGCCUUCAUGGAUGCAUACAGCAGAUACACCACUGAGUGGUCGAAGAUCUACUUUGUGUGUUGGUGGCUCACCUCCUCCGUCAUGUGGGUCAACCUGUUUGUGGCGCUCAUCUUAGAGAACUUCAUCUAUAAGUGGGACCGUAGUCACAGUUGCUCCGUUACAGAUGUGGAGAGGAUCCGAUAUGAAACCUCUGUUCAGCUCAUGUUUAGAGAGCAGAUCCAGGAGCCAACUGAAGAGGAACUGCUAUGUCAACUACACCAACACCCCCACUUACACCUACACUGGUGACACACAGUAUCAUUAUUGUAUUAAAUGAGUCUAUUGUGUGGUAGAAGCACUGAAAGGUUUAGUAUUACAUCAUUCUAAUACUAGUGUAUUGUAAUUAUGGAUUACUACUGAAACAAGUAGGAAGCACAUGUUCUUAUGAUGUCUCAUGUUGUUCAUGAACCACUGCAAGCUGUACACAGGUUUCUACCUGACAGGCUCUGUGGAGGCAGACGUCAUGCCAUUGGUUGAGAUCAACAUGAGUGGGUGGAGCUAAAGAACCACAAGUUGUGUGCCAAAUCCAUACUGUAAUAUUGUACAGUAUCUUUGCAAUAACUGCACAAAAAAAUGAAUCAUACUAAAAAAAAAAAGCUCCUGCCUAUUUUAAAUUGAGGAAUUGCACCUAGAAUAAGCAUAUCCAAAGUUCCAGUGGCAGUUCUAAAACUGUUAACGCGAUAUUAGGGUUACCAAAUAUGUUAAGCACAAGGUCUGGUCUCUCCCGGGAACUACACAAUGACAAUUAGUCUGGCAUCGUUAGACCGAUGAGUAAGGUCUGGCUGCUGCUAAUCAUUCUGGGAAAGGGGACACAAAGGCUCUGUCUUGUUUGUAUUUCUUUAAACCAAUCACGCUAAGCCCUAAUAGCAGAGAUAUCGAGAGGGGGUGCCAGAUGUCCAGGCUGCAUUGCAGUAAUGUACAACUGUAUAGCCAGACUAUAUACCAAGGAACACUAAUUUAAAUGGGGGGUACCACAGGUACUUUUGAGUACAGCAGAGGGUAUGCGAAUGUUUGCAGUUGCCAAACCAUGAAUAUCCAAGUAUAUAGUCCCAUCACACUGGUAUAUGGGUUAACAAAAAAUCUAAGAAUAGGUAUAUGGAUUUGAUCUUUCACUGGAUGCAGUCAUUCCACCACUAACCAUAAAAACUAUGUGAAAACUUAAAAGUUAAAUGGCCUCACCAGCUUUUUAAGAAAUCUGAUCUUGCUCCCUGUGACUUGCGCCUCUUUCACACGGGGGAACCUACAUCAUUUUCCCAUUGUGAUCUGCUAUGUGGAACACAUUAAAGUCCUAGUCCUAGAUGGGUUGGUGAGUUUCCCCCUUUGCACUGCAGGAGUGUACGUAUAUUGUCACAGAAAAGUAGAACUAAAGAAGUAAAAUAACAACAAAAGCAGUUGCCGCAGCAGUAAGAAUUCACCAACACCGCAAAACAUUUCUUCACAGAAAAAAAAAAAGUAUUAUUUCCUGUUGCUGUUUUCAAUGGUUGAGGUGACUGCAGAUACAGAUACAUUUGUGAGACGGAUAUUAUUUUCGGGAGUUAUUACGCUGCGUUGAAGCGAGCUGGUACAGACAACAUCUGUGUCCCAACGAGUGACGGUACAUCAGCGCGGACCGCAGUGUGGAACUAAUGUUUAGGCCUGCUAAACGUAAAUACCAUUGCAUUGGAAAGUAGCCUAACUAUGCCGUACUUCAAUACAACUAAAGUACUUUUAAGUGGGUAUUUUCAUUUUUUCCUACUUGCCUAUUGUGCUAAUAUGCACAUUUUACUUCUCUAUUUUUAUAGCUUUAGUUACUUUGCAUAUUCAUAUUAAUUAUACAAAAUAUUAUGAAUAAUCUAUGAUGUAUUAAAGUGGAUAAAGAAGAGACUUUAUUGAUCAGGUGGUGAAAUUCACAAGCUACCGGCCAAGUCAAACUUCUGCUGUUAUUUUGGUGACAGUAACUCAAAAGUAAUGCAAAAGUAGUGUAACGCAUUACAAUUCAGAGACAGUAACUUUGUAAUACAACCAAUUACUCUCAAAUGACAGUAACUAGUAAUCUAUAAUGUAUUACAUUUUGGAAGUAACUUGCCCAACAUUGAAUAGUAGAACGUGGUGUCAACAUAAAACAGCGCUUUCAAGCCGGAGAGAGGAGUUUACUUCGUGGGGGAAAAUACAAAGUACUUUCACCCAGGAAACGCUCAAUCGUUCCUCAGGAGUGUUUUAACCGCCAUCUUUUUCCUAAACUUAACUAGUCGUUUUAGCGCCUAAACAUUGUAGCAGCUGAAUACAACCAGCGACUGCAGCUCAGAUUUGAUCCUUCUAUGGCACUAUAGACUAUUCACGUUACAGCUCUUUAGUUUAAAAUACUUGUAUUUUAGGUAUAUAAUAUAUGGUUUAUUGGUGAAGUUGCAUUCACACAAAUCACACCCUGCUUCCCCACAGGCUCAGAACGAUCAGGUCAGAAUUGAACAAACGUGUGCUUUAGAUGAGACAGAUCCAAUACGUUGUUUUUGCCAAAGAAUCUCACUGUGUGACCAUGCAACCACAGGACGAAUAAACUUAUAAAACCCUGAAUUAUACACCCCUCCACCAGCAGUAACAAACACAUCACUUAUUUUUUGGGGAUUAUUCAAAUGAUUAGCUAAAACUAAUGGAAAAAACAGUUAAAACAUUUCUUCAGUAGUCUAUAGCAAAGACUUUCCACUUUUUUUCAUGUCUGUCAUCUUCCUCUUUGUUUGUGUUGGCGAUCUAACCGCCGGGGGAUUUCUGAGGACUAUGGUUACCCGCUCCUCGGGUCUCUGCGUUGUAAAUCCAGGCAGCUAGCUAGACUAUCUGUCCAAUUCGAGUUUUCUUUUGCACCUUUGAAUGUUCACAUGUUCCACCAAAACAAGUUCCUUCCAGAGGCUGUUUUGCAGCAGCGCCGUGACUCUGUCCGGCGCUUAGCACCGCCCAAGACGUUUGUGAUUGGUUUAAAGAAAUGCCAAUAAACCAGAGCAUCCCCAUCCCAGAAUGCUGUGUGGAUUAGCCAGACUGGCAAUGCGGGACUACCAUCCAAGUAGUAGCAGCCUUGUAGACUAGUAGUACUAGACUAGUAGUACUAGACUAGUAGUACUAGGAUUGCUGACCAAACCAACCUUAAUAAUGAAAGUUCAAUUGUACAAAAAAAAAAACAGUAUCCACUUUUAUAUAAUGAAUAGUGUCAUACAGACAGAUAUUCUGACUUUGCAGAGGGGUAUCUGCCAUAAAACGUUCAUAUCUUUAUAUGUUACUUCAUUUUAUUCAAAGCCAAAGUGUGCAUUGGUAUCUAUAUAAAUAAAGUUCAAAUGUGUUUUUUUGUAGAAAAAACAGGGCUGUAAAGGAAAGUUGGAAUGCAAUUUUUUUCAGCUUGUAUUUCAUUUUGCAUUUUGUGAACUGUUUUAUUAUAACUGUGUAUAAAAAUGUCAAUAUACAGAUUUUAAAUAAAUAUUUUGCAAA